AUGUCGUCGGCGGGGAACACUGGCGGCGGAGAAAUGGCCGGAAGUUCAGCUCUGAAUUACUUCUGCUAUGGAUGUCAGAGCACUGUGAGCUUAACAAAUUCUGAACUCUCAUGCCCUAAUUGCAAUGGUACAUUUGUAGAAGAAUCCCCUUCUCCAGAUCCUGUUACCAGAGCAAAUCCCGACUCAUCGUUUUCCUUCCCCACCGAUUCCGGUAACGGAAGCGACGAUGAAGUUUCUGCACUCUUCGAAAGUGGUUUCGGCCAAUCACCAGUUGAAGUAGACCCUGUUACGUUCAUGAAUAGGGAUGGUGAUGGAACUAUUCAAUUGCUGCUUGAAAACAAUCAUGAGAAUGAGGUACCGAUUAUCUUUGGUGACUUUACUGUGGGGCCGCAUCUCGUGAUGAGUGACUUGAACAUGAAUGGUACGCCACCUGCUGCUAGAUCGGCUGUUUUGGGCCUUCCUGAUGUUAAGGUGAGUGAUGAGUUGUUGAAUUCGGAUUUAUCCCAAUGUGCUGUUUGUAAAGAUGAUUUUAAGCUGGAUGAAAUGGUGAAACAAAUGCCUUGCAAGCAUAUGUACCAUCGCAAUUGUAUUUUGCCUUGGUUAGAAUUGCGUAAUUCGUGCCCUGUAUGUCGAUUUGAGUUGCCUACCGAUGAUUUUGUCUAUGAGAAUAGGAGACGUAGGAAUGCUAACAAUGCUGGUUUGUUGUCUCUGGGUUUAGAAGGUCGAGGAAAUCAGGGGACAUUGCAUAGCAAUGGUGGUUUGCUUUCUCUGGGUUCGGGAGGUGGAGGAAAUCAGGGGACAUUGGAUAGCAAUGGCGGUUUGUUAUCUCUGGGUUCAGGAGGUGGAGGAAACCAGGGGAAUGCUAGAACCGUGGAGAGCAAUGCUGGUUUGUUUUCUGUGGAUGCAGGAAAUCAGGGGAAUGGUGGAACGAUGGAGAGCUAUGCUGCUUUGUUUUCUAUGGGUGCACAAGGUGGAGGAAGUCGGGGGAAUCGUGGAACAGUGGAGAGAAGGGUUAGGAUUUCAGUACCAGGGCUAUUAAGGGGGUUGCAAUCACAUGCUGAGACAAGCAGCAGUACUGGAGGUGGGGGAAGCAACGAUGAAGUGAUGAAUGAUGGUGACGUUAGCAGUAGCGAUGAUACUCAUGGGGAGCCGAAUCCACGUCCUGGAGGACAUGGACAAGCAAACUAG